CAAUUGUCAUUUUAUACGAAUAGUAGUGUCUGUUUUUCUGCAAUUUCACGAUUCUACGGUUUGUUUUAAUUAAGUCCAAAAAGUGAAUUUAUGAUAUAAUAUCGUCACAAUUUUUUAUACAAAUCAUCGCCGAAACGCAAGUUUACAUUUUUAUUAUAUAAUAGCUAUAAUAGAAGCAGUACAAUAAAUUCUUAGCAACAUAGCCGUCCACGCGGAAUUGUUUGUUCAUUGUAAUGGAAAACCUUGAUCAAAGUAACAAUAAAAACGUGUCGCUCAGUUUAAUUGCCGAAUAUGGCUCGGAAUCCGACUCGGAGGAUACGAGAUCGAAUGAUAAUACAGGAAAUGAAGAUUCAGAUGCCGUGGAACUCAGUGAGAUGGUAUUGAAGAAUAAUAUUAUUAAUGCCUGUGCUCACGGGCCGCUAUCGGAAGGUAGUGAGAGCGACGUGGGGGUAACGAGACAUAUGAUAAUAGACAGCUCCGAAAGUGGAGUUGUAGAAUAUGAUGUAACAGAGUACAGGGACGCAGACAGUGAUUCGGACUCCAGUUCAGAUGACUCUAGUGAUAGUGAUGUAGAUUCAGUUAAAGAUAUUGAAGAAUUAUCUAGCGGAGAUGAACUGGAGGGUAACAAUCGUGGCAAGCUCGAUCCUCUGAAAGUACAUGGAGAGUUAGGGCUGGAUGACUUGCCACCUAUAGAAGAUCUUGCCAUUAGCCUCCCAGCACAGGAAACAACUAAAAUUGGAACCAUUGCCAGUGUAGUUGAUAGAUUAGUUAUAGUUCGGGCAUUCCCUGAGACUCCAGCUGUGGAUUUGGAUAGCAUUCUUUUUCUAGAAAAUGGAGCAAAAGCAUUAGGAAAAGUGUUUGAUGUUUUUGGACCAGUAACAGAGCCACAUUACUGUGUACGUUUCAACUCCCUGGAGCACGUGAAGGAGCGCGGCGUGCAGGCCGGUAUGGAGGUGUUCAUCGCGCCUCGCAGCCAACACACUAAUUAUGUCUUCCUCACCGAACUUAUGAAAGUAAAAGGAUCUGAUGCAUCAUGGUUGAAUGAUAUCGAACCCCCACCCAACCACAUUGACUAUUCAGAUGAUGAAGAAGAAAGAAAAGCUAAUAAAGCAAAGAAGGAUCAACAAAAACAAAACAAGCAGCCUGAUUCGAGUGAUAAUGGGGAAAAUUCUAAAAACCCUCCACCUAGAAAGAUGCUCGAAGCGAGGCGCAAUCACCGACCUUCAGACUCGAGCAGUAGGUUUGGGGGUUCAAGUCGUGGUCGCAGUUCGGUACCACCCGGUUUUAGACGGAAUCCUCCUCAUUUCGCAAGACCUCAAAGACCAUGGGACGAUCAAGAGAUGAGAACUCCUCCACCGCACCCCAAUGUAGACCCUGGUGGUCCAUAUCUCGCUCCCCCAACGUUCAAUCCCAUGUAUACGCCCUUUAAUCCUGUAACACCACCCCCAUAUGUGAUGAAUAACAGACUGCCAUUUGGUAGAAAUCCAAGAAUGCAUGGAAUGCCCCCAAUGAAUAUGCCUCCGCCUUUCAGACAGAAUUUGCCUAUAUUCGGUUCUAAUUAUUGCAACAUGCCCGGACCACUGCCGCAAUGGGUCCAUGGCCCACCCCCUCCCCCGGGCACGUAAUUACACGCAGUUUUACAGUUCAGAAUGUAUAAAUAAAUAUAUUUAGUCAAUAGCUAGUGCUGUGCUAAACAAUACUGGUUUGCUUAUCCAAAUAUCUAUAUUUAUAAUUAAUAAAAACAUGGUAAAGAGUGAAGCUGUUUUUAUUUAAUUACUUUCAGUGUACUUAAAUAAAAUAAAGAUAAAAUUGCAAUAAAAUAUACACUUAUAACACUGAACUGUAAUGGAAAGGCAUAAUGUAUAAACGGCUUGCAUCAUCCUUAUCUUCGUGUAAAGUUUACACAAUAUAUAAUAUGAUUGCAAAGUUUUAUUUAUAAGAUGCGAGGUUUAUAUUAACUAUAACUCGCAUUUUAUUUAAGAUUACUAAGAUUUUGUAUUAAUAAAAGUACCAUAAUUAUUUAAAAUUAGUUUUUGUUCUUUGGUAAGAAUCCUUACACUAAUUUGAUAGAAUUAAAAUAUAUUGCUAUCUCAUGUUUGGGGCUAAAAUAGGGAUAGUACGUAUUUAAUUUUUAUCAAAUUGGAGAUUGUGUACAAGAGAGUUGGUACCGUUUUCUAAAGUUGUGAAUUAUAUCUGGUUAUACACUUAUUAUAUUUUUUUAAAAAUA